ACGCCAAGCGCUUAUGACUUCACAAACUUUCAAUUCCCCGUCCCCAAGGCCCUCUCCGCUGGUCGCUUUCCGGCUGCUUUCUUCAGCGCAAAAGCCGGCGCUGACUAUCCCACUGCCUCCACUUCCCAACGGCAACAACAGCAACAGCAGCAACAGCUACCGCAGCCGCAUCAGUCGGAUAUUAAAAUGGAUCCCAGCGAGCCAGCGCUGCAGUACCAUCGGUUGUUGGGAUCCACGCCGACGAUGGGACGAAUUCGGUCUCCCUACUCACAGCGGUCGCUCAGCUUCCAGCAACAGCAGCAUCAGCAGGAGGGUUAUAUGGAGGCUGAGGGACAGGAGGAAGACAAGUUCUGUGCUGCCAACCAAAUGGUGUCGAGCCGAUCCGGUUUCGGUCCUUCCUUUGACUGUAGAUACCAGUCAGCGGCACCCCAGGCCUUCCAGGGGUUGCAUCAGCAGUUCGCUGGAAGAGACAGAACUGAUAGCAUGAGCUCGCGGCACACAACAGCCUCCCAGAUGGCGGCUGCAGUGGCUUACAUAUCUGCUGCUGCAAAGGCCGGACAACAGACUGACGAGACCGCCUCCCUCAUGUACUAG